AUGGACCUCGAAAACUCACUCGUGUCUACCUUUGGCGCCCUUGCUUUAACAACAGUACUACUUGCGGGAGUGAUAAUCUGGUCUCUUUUCUUCACCGGUCCGAAAACAUUUAAUUAUCCUAUAUAUGGCGCUGAAGGCGAGAAGCCCAGUACCCUGAUGCGUAAAUUUCAGCAUCAAGCAGACAUUCUUUUGGUUGAUGCUUACAAGAAGUUUCGGGGCGGUAUUUUUCAACUGUAUACGCCUGAUGGGGUUCGUCUUUUUCUACCUAGAAAGUAUGCACAGGAACUGAAGGGGUACAAUCGAGAGGAACUGAGUGGUAUGAAAGCGCUCGCAGAUCGUCACUUGGGCCAAUAUACUACCAUCGACCACGAAAGCCCAUAUAUGUUGAAUGCCAUAAAACUUGACCUAAACCAAAAAUUAGGGCAAUUCGUUACCGAUGUGCAAAAUGAAGUUGCCCAGGUUAUUAAUACUACAUUUCCGGCUUGUGAAGACUGGACACCGGUCAAUUUGAAUGAUUUACUUCUUCGAAUCAUCUCCCAGGCGUCAGCCAGGAUAUUUGUUGGUCCAUCUCUGAACCGCAGCAAAGAGUGGUUGGAUUUAAGUGAGAAAUUCGCAACAGACGUGAUGAUCGGAGGGGAGAAGCUCAAAGGCUGGAGGCCCAUUCUCCGUCCAAUUGCACAAUACCUUAUUCCGGAAGUUCGGCGGAUUCAAGCCGAUCAUGAAGAAGCAUAUCAAAUGCUGCGUCCUGUUCUGGAGGCAAGGGAAAAAGAGGAGGCUGAGAAGGGAGAUCACUACGAGAGGCCAAAUGACAUGUUGGAAUGGAUCAGAACGAGAGCUACCAAGAACAACGACAAAUCAGUGGACUAUCGGGAGCAGGCAAAAAUACAGUUGCUGACAGCGACCGCCGCUAUUCACACAACCCGCCUCGCUACACUCCAUGUCUUAUUUGAUUUGGCUGCCAGGCCGGAGUAUAUUGAUCCUCUCCGUGAAGAACUGCAACAAGUUCUAGCCGAGACAGAUGGGCCUUUAACAAAGCAGACGCUUACGCAUUUGAAAAAACUCGAUAGUUUUAUGAAAGAGUCUCAACGGCACAAUCCUCCAUCACUCGCAACAUUUCAGCGGAAAGUUCUUACCCCUGUCAAGCUCUCCAAUGGUCUUGAACUACCCAGGGGCGUCAUUGUACAAUGCAAUACUGGAGUUCUCGAUGAAGUGCCUGAGAGUUGGGGUGAUCCCCAUGCCUUUGAUGGAUUUCGCUUCUAUAAGUUAAGGAGCAAGCCAGAGGACGCGCAUAAAUAUCAGUUUGCCAGCAUUUCUCUCGAGUCUAUGGAGUUUGGUCUCGGCAAGGACGCCUGUCCCGGACGUUUUUUUGCCACGAAUCAAAUCAAAAUCAUCCUUGCACACCUAAUUCUUUACUAUGAUUUGGCUCUGGAGAAGCCUGAUCUUGGACGGCCGAAGAAUUUCAUGUUUGAGGUCAAUGUCCUAGCGGAUCCUACAGCUAGGUUGCUGUUGAAACGAAGGGCUUGA